UUACACAGUCUGACAGAAGGCAUGCACAGUUCAGAGAUUAAGGGUUUGAGCAAAACUCUGGCAGAUGGAGCUUCAUUCUCUUUAUCCCCUGGCUUUCUGCAAAAGCCCUCAUUUAGGACCCUGUGGAAAUGUCGCUGGGUGAAUCUAACUUCCCACAGGAGUAAUGGCCAAUCACUGAGCACAGACGAGGAGAACAGCUUUGAGUUCAGAAACCCUGGGAAGCUGGUUGAAAACAUUAAAUCAGAAAGAAAGGAGUGUUUGCAACAAUGCUCAUUGUGGCAAAUGCAAGGCUUGAGAGAAGCAGCCGAUUCGAUGUUUAAACCGGGAUGUAUUUCUGCGGCAGGAGGUUAUUGGACUGACAAGCAGGGGAGCAGUGAUAGCCUCAGCAUGCCACACUCUGCAAAACUGAUUCUGCUGAUCUUUUGCUUGGUCCUCCUUGCGGAGAGCAAGAAGCACAGGAGGAGGAGAUGGACAGGACAAGUCGAAGUGCAGAAAGCAAGUCAAAUAUAUAAAAAGAACCAUGACAUGACCAAAUCUCGGACAGGAAAAAGUGAGCAGCUUCUGAGGGUAGAUGACCAUGAUUUUACCAUGAGGCCUGCCUUUGGAGGUCCUGCCAUUCCAGUUGGGGUAGAUGUGCAAGUUGAAAGCCUGGAUAGUAUUUCGGAGGUUGAUAUGGAUUUUACAAUGACACUGUAUCUGAGGCAUUACUGGAAGGAUGAGCGCCUUUCCUUUCCCAGUCAUACGAACAAGAGCAUGACUUUUGAUGGGAGGUUGGUGAAGAAGAUUUGGGUGCCGGAUGUGUUUUUUGUUCACUCUAAACGAUCGUUUAUUCACGACACAACUACUGACAACAUCAUGUUGCGGGUAUUUCCAGAUGGCCAUGUGCUCUACAGCAUGAGAAUCACAGUGACAGCAAUGUGCAAUAUGGACUUCAGCCGAUUCCCAUUAGAUACACAGACCUGUACUCUGGAGCUGGAAAGCUAUGCUUACACAGAUGAAGAUCUGAUGCUCUACUGGAAAAAUGGGAAUGAGUCUCUGAAAACAGAUGAGAAGAUUUCCUUGUCUCAGUUCUUGAUACAAAAAUUCCAUACAACUUCCAGACUCGCUUUCUAUAGCAGCACUGGUUGGUACAAUCGCCUAUAUAUUAACUUUACUUUACGUCGUCACAUCUUCUUCUUCUUGCUCCAAACUUAUUUCCCUGCCACACUGAUGGUCAUGUUGUCUUGGGUAUCCUUCUGGAUAGACCGCAGAGCUGUCCCUGCAAGAGUUUCAUUGGGGAUCACAACAGUGCUGACCAUGUCCACCAUCAUCACGGGUGUCAAUGCCUCCAUGCCUCGGGUUUCUUACAUCAAAGCUGUGGACAUUUACCUCUGGGUCAGUUUUGUGUUUGUCUUCCUCUCAGUCAUCGAAUAUGCCGCUGUGAACUACCUGACCACUGUGCAGGAGCGGAAGCAGCGGAAAUUGCGAGAUAAGAGCAUUCGAUCUGACAGCGGAGGCCUGACACCACAAAAACAGGAGUUGAUGGUAGUAGGAACGACAGAGGGAAAGAAACUGAGAUCAGAACUGGGGAAGUCUGCAACCUGGGACUUUGGCAGAGACAAUAUAGGGAGGUUCUCCUGUACAUGUGGAAUACCUUCGACAAAAACCAUGCUGCUGGAAGGUAUAUAUGGUGAGUCAGAAACCAAUAGCCUAGAAGAAUAUGCAAGAGGCCAGAUUGUGACUGAAGAAGACAAGCAAGACAAGAUGGUAGUCCAUUUGGCCAUGAAUAAUGAGUCUCAUUCAUCAAGAAAGAAAGGGCUGAAGGGUCACGUUAGCCUGCGCAUCAUGCAGAACACACAUGCCAUUGACAAAUACUCCAGAUUAAUAUUUCCAGGAACUUAUAUAUUUUUUAACCUAAUUUACUGGUCUGUCUUUUGCUGAAGAAGACUUCAACACAGAAGAUAUUAAAGGAUCAUACUGUGCAUUUUGCUAUUAUUUUGAAUCUAAGAUAGAGCACAAUUAUCCUGGUGCAAAUUUAGGACAUAGUUUUCUAACAGCCACUUAUUUAUUGUUUAUUUAUUUACAAUUUAUUAACCACUUUGAGUCCCCCCAGGGGUGAGAAAGGCGGUAUAUAAAUACUGUAAAUAAAUAAACAUUUCUGCCCCGCCUUUCUCAAACUCGGAAGAGACUCAAGGCGGCUUCACAAAACUAUUGGAAGACCAUUCACUUGUGCCAGUCAGUGUCUGUUUCUUUUCCCAUCGCGUUAUUAUCUAAUGGGAGUCUUUUCUUUCAUUCUUGAAAACAGGUUGAGUUUUGGUGUCAGACAAUGUAUGCUGCUCUGGUCAUAGGCCCCCAGUAUUGAUAGAUUCACAUUUAUAAGUCAAGCAGAGUCUACUAUGUAAACUCUGCAGAGAAAGUAGUACAGAAGAGUCUCGCUUAUCCAACAUAAACGGGUCAGCAGAACAUUGAAUAAGCGAAAAUGUUGGAUAAUAUGGAGGAAUUAAGGAAAACUUAUUAAACAUCAAAUUAUGUUAUGAUUUUACAAAUUAAGCACCAAAGCAUCAUGUUUUGCAACAAACUGACCUAAAAAGCAGUUCUAUAGAUGCUAACAUUAUGUAGUAAUUACUGUAUUUACAAAUUUAGCACCAAAACAUUGCAAUGUAUUGAAACAGUUGUGGAUCUGGGCGGGAGGCAGACUACGUUGGAUAAUACAGAAUGUUGGAUGAGUAAAGGUUGGAUAAGCAAGACUCUACUGUAUGUUGAAAUCAGGAGAAGGUGCUAUAUUUUAUGAAGAAAUGUGCAGAUUUGGAAUAUAUUGUAUGGGGUAUGUCAUACAUCCAUCGUUGAGUUUGCUUUGUAAGAAGCAGUCAUCGUAAGCAAACUACAAAAGGUGAUCUACCUGACUAGGAAAUCUUCUGAAGAUGAUAAGAAGAGUCCUGAAAAACUAGGUCCCACCUACACUGCCAUAUAAUCCACAUUCAAAUUAACUACGUCAAAUUGGAUUAUGUGUCAGCGUAGACUCAUAUAAUCCAAUUCAGGAAAUGGAUUAUAUGGCAAUGUAGAUCCAGCCUCAGGGUGUUGUUGUUGUUGUUUUGAGGAAAAGCAAGCUGCUGAAUAAAACACCUUUUGCAACUUCAUGGUUAAAAUAAUGAGAGUUCAGUCAGUAAAAAUCAGUAGAAUAUUUCUGACCAAAGAUGGGAAAGUAGAGCUAUUUAAUCUAUUGCGUCCCUGUCGCACAACAUUGUGAAAGGGGAAUCAUGUAGAUCUCAGGAGGGGAAAAAGUGUUAAGUACAGUAUAGAAGAAACCCACCACUAGAGUGGUGUAUUUGGUUUUUUUGGAUGAGCCUUGUAAAAAAAAACUUUCCUACAUUAGCAGUGUGUCUUUGGGGUUGCCACAGGCACCUAUCUUUUUUGUGUGCUACAUCAGAAGAUCCUCCUUACUUAUUCCUAUCUUGCAAACUUUUGCUUGCUGCAAUACCCGAAGGAUUCUGGUGGUAGUAGUAAUCCAGAGGAAUAAUGUUUCCAACUUCUAGCUUUAGAAGCAAUUUAUCCCAAGAACUACAAUGAAAUACUCUAUGAUUGUUAACUCUUCCACUAAUAUCAAGUGACAAAUAUUAGGAACUCUCUGCCUUGGAGUGUGGUGGAAGCUCCUUCUUUGGAGGCUUUUAAUUAGAAGUUGGAUGACCAUCUGUCAGGCGUGAUUUGAUUGUGCUUUUCCCGUAUGGCACGAGGUUCGACUAGAUGGUCCAUGCAGUCUCUACCAACUCUAUCAUUCCAUGAUUUUAAGAUAGCACAACGUUAUACCAAGAACACAAUUUUUCUUUCUUCUCUCACUCCAAAUCUCUGUGAAUUGGAGGGAGAUAAUUGGUUAUCAGUAUUUAAAGUCAUCUUGACUUUCCUAUGCUCAGGAACAAAUUGAAGGUUAAAUAUUUUAAGUUCUUAGGAAAUCAGAUGUUGUCAUUUCUGAGCUAUGGCUGGCCUUUUGUAUUAUUUCUUCCAAUAAUAAUUUAAGACAAAAUGUAAAACGUUUCUGAAAGUCUAAAAUUAUGAGGCAGCGCUCCUCUUUUUUCCUUAUUUAUUUAACCAGAAUAUGAAGAGCAACAGGACAAUGAGUCUGAAAUUUAGAAGAACUAAGUAUGGUGCCUUAAACCCUACAGACUUCCUGUGACAAAUCUUGGUGAAUGUUAUUUCUCUUUGUCAGGUGCAUGAAGUGUCACCUUCAGGCGCACACAUGCACAAUGCACAUAUGCAGAGAAAGACAAAUGUAGUCAAUGGGUAGUCAUAUGAGGAAUAUACACCUUAUUGUUGUAUCUGAGUGUGGGCUAUGGACUUCGAUAAUUGUAUUUCUAUAGUGUAGAAAUAAGAAUACCCUAAAUUAGUGGUGCCGAACCUAUGGCACACACAUCAGAAGGGGUACACAGCACCCUCACUCCUGGUGUGGGAGCCCACCGCUUGCUCGCUUGCUCCCCUUCUCAUCCACCCCCCCCCCACUUGCUUACCUGCCCCACACUUGCCUGCCCCUGAUCGCUCCCCAUAUUGCCUUUUUUGAAUAUACUGUAUAUAAUCUUGUGUAAAUAGGUAUAAUUAUACACACAUAAGUCCAUUUCUAUAAAUCAAAGUAAAGGUAAAGUUUUCCCCUGACAUUAAGCCUAGUCGUGUCCGACUCUGGGGAGUGGCGCUCAUCUCCAUUUCUAAGCUGAAGAGUUGGUGUUGUCCAUAGACACCUCCAAGGUCAUAUGGCCAGCAUGACUGCAUGGAGCACUGUUACCUUCUCGUCGAAGUGGUACCUAUUGCAUCUUUUCAAACUGCUGGGUUGGCAGAAGCUGGGGCUAACAGCGGGAGCUCAUCCCACCCCUGGAUUGGAACCACCAACCUUUUGGUCAGCAAGUUCAGCAGCUCAGCGCUUUAACCCACUGUGCCACCAGGGGGGCCCAUUUCUAUAUAUAAGUUAUUUUAUAAAUCUGCUUUCAACUAAGAGAGCAAGAUGGACGGUGAUGUGUUACCAUGGCUUUCAGGAUGUCACUGAAACUCUCUGUGCCUUAGUUUCGCCAUCUGUAAAAUGGUAAUCAACCAACCUACCUCACUGGGAUAUUGCAAGAUUUAUUUGACUACAGAAUGUUUGGAUUUCUUUUUCCAGAUUCUUGGGUGUGAGGUCCUGUGUCAAUGCAGGCAGUUUUUUAAAAAUAAAAAGUAGUGAAUACACUGUUGUAUGAACUCAGAAGUCCAUUGCUCAAUAACUCAAUGUUAAUUGUAAAAUCUUAUUGCUGAAACUAGAGUAAUGCAUAAGCAGGAGUCAUUCAGGAAUGGCCGAGAUAAUGUAACAAUAGUCAGCAGUGUCCAUGGGCUUGCUUCAGAGCUAAAUGUUGUUUAUGAUAGAAUGCUGUUGUAAUAGGACAGUGUCUCCUGCUGUGUAAAUAAACAUCUUGACUUCAAA